ACUUGUAGCUGGCCAGCCGAACGUUAGCCAGGUGGAUUGCGCAGCAGGUCUGCACGGUCUUUGUUAGCUAGUUAUUGAUAAUCUAUGGAAGCCGUGUCCAUGCGCUUACCAGGAGGAAAAUGAUCAUCUGCACGAAGAAAAUGGAUUACCCCUUCGGAACCCAGUGCCAGCGCGUCCAGAACCAGAUGGUGAAGGUGGGCUUGGAGAAGGAGCGUGCUGUGCCACCGCUGUGCGUGAAGGCUCCGGCCAGCAGGGGGCUCCUGGACGCUGUGUCGCAGCAGAUGACCCUUCACCCCCAGUACUUGGAGAGCUUCCUGCGCGCACAGCACUACAUCCUGCACAUGGAUGGACCUCUGCCCCUGCAGUACCGCCACUACAUCGCCAUCAUGGCUGCUGCUCGGCACCACUGCGGCUAUCUGGUGUCUUUGCACUCGGCCCACUUCCUGCGUGUGGGGGGCGACCCGCUGUGGCUGCAGGGCCUGGAAUCCGCCCCGCCCCGGCUGCGCCUCCUCGACCACAUCAACAAGGUGCUGGCCCACCGGCCCUGGCUCAUCGCCCGCUCCCACAUCCAGGAGCUGCUGAAGACUGGGGAGCAGUGCUGGUCUCUGGCGGAGCUGGUGCAGGCCGUGGUGCUGCUGGCUCACUGCCACGCCCUCUGCAGCUUUGUCUUUGGGUCGGGGGCGGAGGGGGACCCCCCGGUGACCCCGAGAGUGCGCCACGGCACACCGCCAGGGUACUGCCUCUGUGACGCUGCCAACGGCAACGGGGCCACGCCCCUGCCCUCUGUGACCCCUUCGGACAGGAUGCCCCGGAGACGGUCCCUAGACUCCAGCUAUGAGGCUGUGUGUCUCAGAGAAAGACUGCAGAAAGCACUGGAAGAGAAGGAGAGGAGGGGAGAGCACCUGCUCAAUUCCCAGACUCAAUCACACACAGACACAGAGGAAGAGGAGGAGGUUGCAUGUGCUGCAGACCCUUCACGGUUCAUCACAGACCCAGAAUUCGGCUAUCAGGAGUUUGCCCGCAGAGAAGAGGACCACUUCCAGGUUUUUAGAGUCCAGGACUACUCGUGGGAGGUCCACGGCUUCUCGCUGGUGAACCGGCUGUACUCCGACAUUGGGCACCUGCUGGACGAGCGCUUUCGGAAGGUGGCGUCCCUGCCCUCCCCCCGCGAGCCGGACCUCAAGAGGGCCAUCUGGAACUACAUUCACUGCAUGUUCGGCAUAAGGUACGACGACUACGAUUACGGCGAGGUAAACCAGCUACUGAAGAGAGAGCUGAAGCUCUACAUCAAGACUGUCGCCUGCUUCCCUGACGCCACCAGGAGCCCACCGUGCCCCGUGCCGUGGGCGCCACUCAAGCCGGAUGAAAAGGUCCAUGUGAACCUCCUGAUCAUGGAGGCGCGGCUGCAGGCGGAGUUGUUGUAUGCACUGAGAGCCAUUACCCAGCACAUGACAUCCUAGACAGAGGGUUGCGGGAGAGAUGCCUCUGUGAAUGAUGGACAACAAGAGGAUGCGAGAGGCAGAAUGGGGCUGGUUAGCUGUGAAAAAGAAUGAGAGGGGAGAAUGUGGAGGGAGAGAGGAGGGGUGUAGGAGACCAAGGAUGUGGACAGAGUGUUUUCAACAGGGAGAGGAAAACUAAAAGAACUGAGUUAAGGUGAUCUGUGGUACAGCACUGGUUCCGCUUUCCCUCUCAGCCUCAUACCCCCGCAUUCAAACCCUUUAAAGCUUUAUUGGAAUGAGUGUUGUGCACCAGUAUCUCGAGGGCUCUUAAUUACAAUGCAGUUCCUCUCUUUCUCUCUCCCUGUGUCCUUCCCCCAGUUUCUCCCUUUAGGUUAGUCUCUCCAUUUCUGUGUUUCCUUUCAUUGCAGCUCAAACGCUGUUAAAGAUCAAUGUGCAAUUAUUAUUACUAAUAUUGUUCAUGUUGUUAUUGUUAUGCUGAUUCAUGUUGCAAUUCUCUCAACUGUGAUGAAAGCAGAGCUUACUUUAGGAUGGAUAGAGAAAUGUUCACUCAACACCAUUGAAGCAUACUGAGGUUCACUUUGUGUUUAUUUUUUGUUUGUUUGUUUAUUUUUAAUAUUUUCAGCUAUAUUUUUGCUCUAAUCUUCCAGUUCCUUAUUGUGCAUUAAAAGGGGGUAGGGCUUGGGUGGAGAUUAAGCGUUACAUUUUCUGGUCUUUUUCAACCACGUGAUGUAUUUUUCAGAGACUGCAUUUGUGGAGGUGAAAGAUCAAAGCAGGCGUUUAGUGAUCAGAACAGCUUCCAAGUGUUCAUUGCAAUACUGAAAAAGGCAUAGAAAAAACACUACGGGAGGUGUAUCCACUCCUUGUUAUAGCACUUUUAAACUUUAUUUAAAAUUUUGAAGACAAGGAUGGCUCAUUGCAUGGUGGGUAAAUAUUCACAUUGAUCGGAAAUGUUCCCAUCCCAUCCUCCAGCAGAAGCACAGAGCAGCCUUCAGCUCACAAAAUGAGUUCUCCCUUGUCCUGAGAAAGAUCCCAAAGGGCACACACUAUUCUCAGCCAAGGUGAGAUUUGCAAGCUCCAACAUGGUGGUGAAUGCCAUGUUACUGUAAGACUGCCCCAUGUAGCCUGUAUUUUAAUGCAGGGGUUCUCAGACUCUGUCCUGGGGUAUCCUGUGCACACUGGUUUUUGUUACAGCCAAUCUCUUGAUCAUUUGAGGUCGUUGCAAACAUAGGUUCAAGUUGUUCCAUAAUUUUCCCCACAGUGCAGGUGUGGCUCGCUACCAUUUGCUGUCUUUGAACGUUUCAUUUUUCCACAGUUGAUUUAGUUUUCAGUGACCUGCUGUUUCAGCAGUUACGACUCCGCUGGUUUCAUCUGUCAGUGCCAUACAGCACAUUACUUACAAUGAAAGCAUUAUGUGCAUAUAUGUGAAAUGUAUUCUUUAUGGCAUGCAAAGCCAGAAAGACAUAAUGUGGCCUUGAGAGGGUAUGUCAUCCUGCAUUUGAUAUUUUAAAGUGUCUAGUUAAGAACAGUUAGCAGCAUUUUACAAUUGAUUUGGUGCAAUUUUUGGUUGGAACAAAAGUAGUGUGUACACAAGUGGUCCCCUGGACCAAGUUCAGGAG